AUGCAGCUUUUGACCCUCUUAUCUGUAGCAUCCAGUUUAGCGGCCGUAAACUCUGCUGCUCUGGGGAAUGAAGAUGACGUCAAACAAAUGGCUACCCAUCAGCCUCGUGUCAAGUACUUUGUUCACGUAGUAGCGGAUGGAGAUGACUGUGAUUAUCCCGACAAUUCUUAUCCCAUGUGCGCAAGCAAGAACUUUGUGUGCAGGAUGGAAAACGGCCAAGAGAUGUAUGCCGAUGCCCCGUCGUGCUUAAUAUACGAUCCUAGCACCAUGCGAAGCAAUCCAUUUUUGAUCGAGGAGACGGCUGUUGAGCCUUGGGGCGUUUGCGACCCUGCAGCGGAGCUUAAGAGGAAAAUUGGUGACUCGCCAAUUUGUAAAAGAGAGUUUAUGUGUCUUUGUUUACAUGGAGCAGAAGAAAAUUGCAUUUGUGCGCCACCGGAUGCUGUGGAUGAUGCGAACGGAGCUGCUCAUUGUGUCAAUAGCACCGCGUGUCCUGAGGACAAAUAUUGUCAUUACCUGCUGAAAGGUGGAGUUGAUUGCGGACAGAAACCUUAUUUUACUUAA